AUGUUUUUAGCUCUUUCUUCAAUUGUACCGUCUGUCGUCGCGUCAUACGCCCUUCUACAUAACUUUACGGGUACUUCUUUUCUAUCAGGUUUCAACUUUUUCUCGGGUUCAGAUCCAACUCAUGGAUUUGUACGCUAUCAAUCCGAAGCCGAUGCUCGCUCACAGGACCUAGUCGCUGUUUCGGACAACAGUAUUUACAUUGGCGUGGACUACAAGAACAAAGCGCCAAACGGACGCGCGAGUGUGAGAAUAGAGAGCAAGGAAUUGUACAAAAAAGGCUUGUUCGUGUUGGAUUUGGCACACAUGCCUAGUAGUACUUGUGGUACUUGGCCCAGUUUCUGGACCUGGGGCUCCGAGGGGCGUUGGCCCGAUCUCGGAGAGAUCGACAUCAUCGAAGGCAUUCAUACCAACACCAUAAAUGCGUUUUCUGUCCAUACAGCGGAAGGCUGCUCUAUCGAUGGAAAGGGUAUGUUCUGUGCGCUCGGUACACUCAAAACCCUCAACUGCUACAUAGGCGCACCAGGUCAACUUUCCAACGCUGGGUGUGGAACCGAAGCAUCCUCCCCCAGCUCUUUCGGGUCACCUUUCAAUGCCGCUGGCGGCGGUGUAUAUGCCAUGGAGUGGACUUCGCAGUUCAUCAAGAUGUGGUUCUUCCCAAGGAAUGCUAUUCCAACGGAUCUCGAUGGUAGCGGUACUGUUGAUCCGGCUGGAUGGGGUACGCCCCAGGCCAACUUCCAGGGUGCUUGUGAUUUUGACAAGAUGUUCGGAGAACAGAGGAUUGUACUGGAUACUACGUUUUGCGGGGACUGGGCGGGGGCGGUUUGGGAUAGUUGUAAAAAGGUGGGAAGCGAUUGCAAUACAUAUGUCGCAAACAAUCCGGAGGUGUUCAAGGAGAGCUACUGGAGGGUCAACUAUUUGAGGAUCUUUGAAUAGCAGUGAGAGCUCUUCGCUCUUGGACCUCAAAAAAAGCCAUCUACCUUAAGCCUAUGCAUAACAAAGCGAG